AUGUCGUCCUACUACGAUAGCGAUUUGGUCGGUUAUUAUAGAGAUAAUGGCACUUUUAAACCUUGGAUGAAUUCAGACUACCGUUAUUCUUAUAGGACUCCGUACCAAAUCAGUGAUGAUUUACGCAAUGGUAAACGUAUUUAUAUUUACAGAGACUAUCCAGUUACUUCAAGUUACUACCAAACAACAUAUUCACCAAGUUAUACAUAUGUGUCACCUCUACGUCGAUACCAGUCCUAUGGUAGUUUGUCAGACUAUAGAACAAGCUCACCUUAUCUUUAUUCCUACUCACGUCCAGUUUCUCAGCUUCAAAAAGUAGAUAUUUAUGACGAUACUCGGUUCAGCAGAUAUUAUUACUAG